UUGAGGCCAUGGGCACGUUUGGGUGGUGGAUUUUCAUUGCCCUUUUGGGCCUCUGCGGACCCUGCCUGGUGUGGGGUUGCGACCCAUGCGAGAAACAAUUAAGAACCAAAGUUAUUAACGGAACGAUUAAAACGGACGGAUCGCUUGAAACAUCGGACGGGACAAAUUUCCGGAUGGGAACUUACUGGAGAGAGGAAAAUUACUGGUGGGCAUGUCCGUGCCUGUUGGGAACGUGCGUUCGACAAUGUCCAGCAGAGACGUUUUUAAGUUCUGGCAGAAGUUUUUAAUCUGACGAUGGCUGAACAACCCGCCUUGAUCGAAAUUUGGGAAGACGAAAGGCAACGUUCGGUUCCCAUGAACAAAUAUUUCCACGUUGUUUACGAGGCACUCUGCGAACAGGCCUACCCCUUGGAUCCGGACUUUGAACCUAAUGAAAAAUUUCAUAUCCUUUCAAACGGGCUGAUCAGGUAUUUGCACCCUGAUUGUACUGAUGAUGAUCGUCCCGUAACGGCUCAAGAAUAUUGUCUAAUUCCAAUGAACGACGGAAAACUGCCAACGGUUAUGAUUUGCACGAAUACAAAAGAAAAUAGUGAAGAUACAAUGCAAAAUCUCAAAUUCAAAAUCUACCCGGCGUUUUUCAUAUUGAGUGCAAUCUUUUUGCUUCCGACUCUGCUGGCGUUCGUUUUGACGCCCGACCACACCACGGUCCACAGCAGAUCCGUCGUUUGCCAGUCCGGAAGUUUGCUCAUAACGUUCAUUAGCCUCACGAUUACAUACUUGACCGGCGAAAGUAGCCACAUAGAUGUCUGCAUUAUCGUUGCUUACAUCACUUAUUACUUCAUGUUGACGUCCUUUUUCUGGCUCAACGUGAUGUGCAUCGAUAUUUAUUUGACUUUCAGCGGAUCGAUGCUGCGGACACACGAUCAAAAGUUUCGCAUCUUCUCGCUGUACGCGUGGUGCACCCCACUUGCACUUUUCAUCGCAAUGGUGACUUUUGACCAAACCACUAAAAAUCCAGACUGGAGUCCUGGAAUUGGGCAAAACAGCUGCUGGUUUCAAAAUUUUUGGUCUGCAUUCCUGUUCUUCAUGGGACCAAUUUUGGCCUUGCUAUUGCUGAAUUCAUACUUGUUUGGAACAACAGUGUGGCGGCUGUGGGUGAGGAGAAAGGAGUCGCGUAGGGUGUUCUCGACCGCCGACAGUCAGGUCCAUAAUCAAAAUCAGCACGAGAAGGACCGACUCUGUAUGUAUUUCAAACUAUUUCUGCUGCUGGGGUUCACGUGGUUUAUGGAAAUCAUCUCGUGGGCAAUCGGCGGCCCGGACGCGAUUUGGUUCGUCACGGACUCCAUCAAUGGUCUGCGCGGGGUGCUCAUUUUCUGGUUCUGCGUUUGGUCCAACAAAAACAUGCGCCAGGCGUUGAGGAACAAAUUUUGGCCCAAGAAAGAGGGGGAAAUUAAACUUGGUACAAUUAAGCCAGAAACGGAUUCGACCUCCGGAUCGACAGCAUCGACAUUUGCAUCCACACGUAAUAUUUCAUCACAAGAAGUCUAAAAAUCAGCCUGUCUGCUACCGCUGGUGCCUUUCUCAAGAGGGAUAAACAAUUAAAAAAAUAAAAUAAAUUUAAAUAAAAUAAAAAGAAAAAAAAAAUUAUCAAAAUUUCAUCUAUUGUUUGUGCUUUGAUAUUAAUUUUUGAGCAGUUCUGAACAUUUAUAAUAUGUACUUUCAAAUUCAGAUAUUUUUUUCUGAUUUUUGUAAUAAUUUCAUUAUAUUUUAAUGCAUAUUUAAUAAUAAUUAAUUUUAAACUUAAUAUCAACUCAUGCUUUUGGAAUUUGUGUGCUUUGGGUGUAUUUUUUUUUUUAAGUUUGAUGAAAUAAACUGAGAAAGUGAAGCUUAAGAGGAUGUUCUGGACGCAAAGCCAUAUAAUUCAAGAGAUUUAGUGAAUGUUACAUUUUUGGAUUUUUGUUAAAAGCAUUUUAAUAGCUAUAACAUGUCAAAACAGUGAUGUAAUGAUAGCAAAAAGUUCUAAUUGAUAAAAUAGGGAAACAUCAAACGCCAACCUUUUCCCGCCAAAAGCCAUAAAUAUUAGAGCCAUGAUAAAAUUGUCAAUUUCAAUUUCAAGAAGUAGUAACUUGCAUAUAUUUGGUCAAACUUCAAGAUUUACAAAGACAGACAACCCUCAAAAUUCAAAUUAUAUUGGCGGGAAAAGGCAAACUUUUGAUGAAUCCUGGUGUCAACACUGUCAACCCUUUUGAGUGCGAAUUUUUCGAUCGCGUUUUUCAUGUUGUUCAUAGAAUUUUAUCAACUUUAGAAUCCAAAAGUAAAAAUUAUUACUGGAGAAGCACUUAAAGAUCUAUUUUAAUAAUUUCUUCUAGAUAAUAAACUUCCAUGUUGAAUAAUGGAAUGAUUUUCUUCAUUUUUUAUUCUUCCCCUUUUUUCCGAAAUAUGCGUCAUAUUCAACUAAA